AUGCUUUCCCGACUGGCCAUACCCUUCGCCAGGCCGGCGGCCAAACCCGCCGCCGCCAUCGCCGGCCGCUUUGUCCUCCAGGCCCGCCUCCUCUCCCAGCGCGCCGCUGCCGCCGGGAGCACCGGCAGGAAGAUGCCCUUCAAGGGCCUGCGGGCCACUGCACCCGUGGCUUCGCUGCCUGCCACCUUCACCAUUCGAGAUGGGCCCGUGUUCCAGGGCAAGGCCUUCGGUGCCAACUCCAAUAUCUCGGGUGAGGCCGUCUUCACCACCUCUCUCGUCGGCUACCCAGAGUCCAUGACGGAUCCCUCCUACCGAGGCCAGAUCCUCGUCUUCACUCAACCCCUCAUUGGCAACUACGGCGUCCCCUCGAGCGAGCGAGAUAGCUUCAAUCUCCUCAGGCACUUCGAGUCCCCCCACAUCCAAUGUGCCGGCGUCGUCGUCUCCGAUGUUGCCCUCAACUACAGCCACUGGACCGCUGUCGAGAGCUUGGGCGAGUGGUGCGCUCGAGAGGGUGUCCCCGCCAUCUCGGGCGUCGAUACUCGCGCCAUUGUCACCCAUCUCCGAGAGCAGGGUUCUUCCCUCGCUAGGAUCUCCAUUGGCGAUGAGUACGACGCCGACGAGGAUGAGAGCUUCAUCGACCCUGGCCAGAUCAAUCUGGUCAAGCGUGUCAGCACAAAGGCUCCCUUUGCCGUCGAGUCGCCCGGUGCCUCUUUCCACGUGGCCCUUCUCGACUGCGGCGUCAAGGAGAACAUCCUCCGCAGCCUGGUGAGCCGGGGUGCCUCCGUGACCGUCUUCCCCUACAACUACCCCAUCCACAAGGUUGCCCAGCACUUUGAUGGCGUCUUCAUCUCCAACGGCCCGGGCGACCCGACCCACUGCCAGGAGACUGUCUACAACCUAGCUCGCCUGAUGGAGACGUCGUCGAUUCCCAUCAUGGGGAUCUGCCUCGGCCACCAGCUCCUGGCUCUGGCCGUCGGGGCCCGCACCAUCAAGCUCAACCAGAAUCAUGGCUAUGCCGUCGACGCCAGCACCCUGCCCAGCGAUUACAAGGAGUUCUUUGUCAAUCUGAAUGAUGGCAGCAAUGAAGGCAUGGUCCACAAGACCCGCCCCAUAUUCUCCACGCAGUUCCAUCCCGAGGCCAGGGGCGGUCCCAUGGACAGCGCGUACCUCUUCGACAAGUACCUCCAGAACGUCCAGCUCGCCAAGAACGCCCAGAAGGUCUACAAGGACAACCGGCCCAGCCAGUUUCUGCUCGACAUUCUGAGCAAGGAGCGAGUCGGCGUCGACCCCACUCCUCUCGCCAGCGCUGCGUAA